UAAUUAGUUCAAAUUGGAAUAAUAAAAAUGUACGGACAAAAUCUUCCAGAACAGUACCACCGAGAAUUAGAAAUCACACGUGACUACUAUAUGACUCAUGAAGAAAAACCAGAUGAAAAGAUCGAUUACGAUAAAAUGACUGAAAACCAGAAAUUUGAUCUAUUUAAAAGCGAAUUAAGAAGAUUUGGAAUCACUAAUACCUGGAAAUGGAAGGAUACAGAUAGAGUUAUUAAGGACUCUGCCCAUUACUCUGUCUUGCCCACUAUUAAACAGAAAAAGCAGGCUUUCCAUGAAUAUGUCAGAGACUUCAUUGAUAAAAUGAAUGAAAACAAGCGUGAAAAUCGUAAGAAACAGAUAGAAGAGUUCUAUGAAAUGCUCGACAGUAUCCAUGAUAUAAAAGCCACUUCAAAAUUUUAUGACAUCCUUAAAUAUAUCCAAUCAGACCGUAGGUAUAUCCAGUUGGAUGAGAAAGACAGAGAAGAGACUUUCCAAAAAUACAUGGAUGAGCUUGAGGAAAAAGAGCUUAAGAGAAAGGCAGAUCAUGCUAAAGGAAAGGUAGAGUCUCUCAAAAAGCUAUUCGCGUCUCAUGAAAUUCCCACAACUAUGAAAUUUGCUGAAGCUGAAGAGAAAUUUAAAGAAAACGCACUCUUUUCAGCAGUCGAUAAGUUGAUCCAGAUCCAAGCUUUCAGUGACUACAUUACUGAUAGAAUAGAAGAGGAGGAAAGAAUUUAUGACAUGAAGAAACUCAGAGAAAGUAGGAAGAACAGAGAAGCAUUCAGAGAACUCAUGGAUGAGCUUGUAAAAGACAAAAAGAUCAAGCAUAAUACUCAAUGGAAAGACAUAGCAUUGUUGAUAAAGGAUGAUAAAAGAUACCACAAUGUCCUUCUACAAAGUGGAUCCAAGCCAUCUGAUAUCUUUUAUGACUAUAUCGAUAUUGAGAAGGAGAAGUUCAACGAGCAUAAAACCAAGUUUAAAAAUUUGCUGAAGACUAAAUCUGUCCGCCUAGGAGCUGAUAUUUCUCAAGAAGAUUUCCAUAAGAACCUCUCUGAACAUACAGAAUAUCUAGAAUUUCCUGAAGACAUUAGAAAUCUGCUCUAUGACUACUAUAUCAAUAAGGUCAAGCCAAAGUCUCAAAGAAGUAAAGACUCGAGCAAGAAGAGAAGCAAGAAGCAUAAAAGAAGACAUAGAAGAAGUAGAAGUAGAGAUAGAGACAGGAAAAGACAAGAAGUGGAGGAUGGAGAAUAUGUUAGCUAA